UAAACAACACCUCAAAGGAAUUCUCCUUCCGAGUACACUGACCUUUUUGCUCAGCGUUAAAGCAGUCAUAACAAAAGUGCUUAAAAAACCAAUUGUUUGAAAAAAAAGUAAAGAUUGUAGUAAGGAAGUGACUCUGGGUUGACUGAUCAUCUUUGGAAUCAUCCCAUUCUUCUGUGGUUUUCUCUUCUUUUUGUUUCACGUAGCGACUGAUUCAAUAUAAAUUGCAGAACCUUUCCUCUGGUGAACAAAGAAACUAUAUUUAAUAUUGGAACGAUUGAUUUGAAUAUCUUUAUUCUUAUUCUGAAACUUUCCGGAUGUAUCGUUUUUAUUGAACAAUUUGAAUCUGUCGUGUCAUUGCUAUUGUCAAACAAGUGCUAUAAUUUAUUCUUAUUUCCAUUCUUUUAAAAAAUCUCUUUAAUCAUCUAAUUUAUAUAUAGAUUAUAUUGUCUUAUUUGUGAACUUAUAAUGGAGUCAGGAAAAAAGCCAUGCAUCAGUAUUCUUUGCAUUGGGAACCCAGCUAUUACUACUUUGCUAGGCUGGAGACUUCAACAAAGUACAUCGGCUACUUGUCAGGAAACGAUUUUAUUCUUUAAUAUCCCUGAUGCUCCUAUUUCUCCACUUACGAUUCAUUCUAAGCCCUUUGGUGUCCGAAAAUAUCGACCAACAUUUUCUGCGAACAAAAUCAUUGAUCUUGCAAAUGAAGGUAAAGUUUUCGAUUACAUCCUUGUUUCUAUCAAGCCUUGCCCUCAUUCGUUUAAUCUGCCGUCGGUCAUUGAGCCGGUGGUCACAAAAGGACAUACUUGUAUUGUCUACAACACCACUGGAUCAAUUGGGAUCGAGGAAACUUUCUUUAACCACUUUCCAGAAAAUCCUGUUUAUCCCUUUUCAUUUCACUCAGGAAUUGUCCAAAGAGAUGUCAAUGAAUUUCAUCACGGAGAAAACACCCCUCUAUACUUAGGAAAAUACGGAAAUUCUAGAGAUAAUGAUAAAUUAGAACUUCUCUCUAGCAUUUUGAGUAGUGGUGGAGUUAUGUGCGAGAUAGUGGAUUCACUUAUUCUAUUUCAAUUAGAUGACUUAGCUUUCCCUAUUUCCCUGUUUCCCUUGACCGUCUUAAUGCAAAAUCCGAACGCAGCUAAACUUUUGCAGCAACAGGAGGUUCUUAGCCUCCACAAAUGGAUUUUACUAGAGUUAGAUUCCAUUGCUAACGUUUUUGAUGGAUCUAUUGACAUCAAAAGGGUUUCAAAGCAGCGGGAGUCGUUCCUAGGAUAUGCGUCAGCAAACCCCAUGUACAAGGAAUAUAUACAGCAUAAACCCAUGGAAUAUGUAUCAAGCUUGCGGUACUUGGUUCAGUUAGCUGCUAAUCAUGAUAUUAAAGUCCCUUAUAUGCAUACCUUAAGCAUUUUACUUUCGAAUAUUCAGCCUCCAGCAUUACUAGCAAAUCAUCGUGUUCCUUCUGAUUUGCCAACUCGGCCUACCACAGUCCCUUUGAAAAAUAAGGGAACUAACAGUUUGAGGCAUCCCCAGCCAAUUACGAUGUCUGCAGACAGGCUCAAUUCGAUGCCUACCCCACGCUCAUCGACGGCAACGUUUACGGAAGCUCAGAAGGGUCAUAUUGGUGCAGUUCCACCAUCACCGGCGAACACCUUGAAGGCACGUGCAAUGUCUUCAGACAACAUGGAUAUGCUUUCACUUACAAAUCGCCGUUCCCGUCGUUCCCUUCACUCUUCGUCACUUGUCCAAAUUCAGCAAUCUUUAAAGAAGUCGUUUGAUGGAUUGGGAAACUCUUAUGACCAUCGAUUUUCUCGUAAGGUCUUACCAAACCAAAGUCCUGGUAACCAUAAGACACGCAUAAUGGGUGAAGGUAAAGAAGCACUAUCCCAGACUCCUUCAUCGUCUGGAUCUCCUAGAGCAGGCUAUUAUAAUGAUACAGAGCCAUCAACACCAUCGGCAACUUACGGAGCAGGCAUGUCUCGACCGAACUCAAAUUCUGCAAACUCGCAACAUGAAGAUGUGGAAGGUGAAUCUGACUAUUUUACCAUUAUGAAUCAUCCUAAGAACGAGACUAAUUCUCGAAAAAAAUCUAUGCAGUCGGAAACCUCUAUGAUGACAGUAAUACCUUCUGCAGUGCGUCGUUUUCCGUUGACUCGAAAGAGUACUCAUGUAAAAUCCUAAGGGAUUCUAUACAUAGUUCGAAAUUAACCAUGAUCUUUGCGGCUUUCUUUUUUUUUCUUUCUUUUUUUCGAUUUCUUCUCUUUCUUUUGUAUGACGAUUUUGCAAAAAAUUCACGCUUUUAUGCCAACAAAUAAAGGAAAAUGUGACAUUUAUUUAAAAACCAACUCAAUGAAGGUGUAUGCUGCUUAUCCUUUAAUGUGUUAAUCAUUAAUCUGGCAUUAUUAUCUCGAUCCUGAUUUUAUGCCAAUUGAAACGUUUACCGAAUUAUAUUCUCUCAUUCUUUCUUUUUUCAUUUAUGCAUUACAUUAGAUUUACUACUUUAUGUAGGCUUCCUUAAAAUACUAAAAAGCGCAUUUAUUUCUUCUUAAUGAUAUAAUUCUCCUUGCUUAGCUUUUCUUUACAGUCUUCAAACGAUUGUUCUCUUGCUCAGUACGGUU